ACUUGUUGAGCCCAGAGCCAGAGGAGACCAUUUCUUUAGGAAACCUCACUCAUCCUCUGGACUUCUCUCCAGACUCCUGAGUGGACACGGCUGUUUCUCUCAUGAACUGCAAAGUUCAGGCCCUGAGAAAGGAAGACUUGGCCCCAGGUCACAAAAACAGAGCUGCAGAUGGAAGCCAGGGCCCAUCUCUGGCUGUAUGACUCUGUUCCAAGGUUGUCAUUCCUGCAGCCAUGACUCUGCCACACAGCCCUGGAAACGUGGGAGAGCCCCGCCCCCCCCAGGCUGUGGAGGUCCACAGACUGGAACACUACCAGGAGGAAGAACAGAAGGAGGAGAGGCAGCACAGCCUACAUAUGGGCUCCUCCAUUCAGAGGAGGACCUACCGCAGCAGUGAUGAAGAGUACAGGUUCAGCUCAGCUGACUAUGCCCUGGCAGCAGCCCUGGCUCUUACGGCCUCCUCAGAGACAUCUCGGGAGGCCAAGCUGAGGCGCCAGACUUCCACCGUGGAGCUGGAGGAGCGAGGGCAGAAACGGGUGGGCUUCGGCAAUGACUGGGAGAGAACGGAGGUAGCCUUCCUGAGGACCCGACAGCUACUACGCCAGAGACGUGACAGGAAGAUGCUGAGACAGCGGACGGAGGAGAAGAUCCGGGAGGCCAAAGAGCUGAGGGAGUUGUGCUCUGGCCGGGGUCCUUGGUUCUGGAUGCCCCUGCGCUCCCAUGCCGUCUGGGAGAACACCACUGUCCUGCUCAUCUGCACAGUACGGGCCUCACCUCCACCACAGGUCACAUGGUACAAAAACAAUGUGCGGAUUGAUCCUCGCCUCUUUCCUGCUGGAAAGUAUCGCAUCACCAACAACUAUGGGCUGUUGACCCUGGAAAUUAGGAGAUGCACCACCGAGGAUGCAGGCACAUACACCGUGAUGGUGAAGAACAUCUAUGGCCAAGCCUCCUCCUUUGCUAAAGUCCUGGUCCAAACUUACAUGGGGAAGGAUGCUGGCUUCGAUUCGGAGAUAUUUAAAAGACUUAUGUUUGGCCCCAAUGUGGAGUUUGCAUCUGUACUGAAGCCAGUUUUUGCCCGAGAGAAGGAGCCCUUUUCCCUGUCCUGCCUAUUUUCUGAAGAUGUUUUAGAUGCUGAGAAGAACAUCCAGUGGUUCCAAGAUGGGAGGCUGCUGAGGUCUUCAGAACACAGACAGUCCUUCUAUGCAAACCGCCAGGCGUCCCUGAAAGUAUCCUGUGCCUACAAGGAGGAUGAGGGGCUCUACAUGGUGCAGGUGCCUUCACCCUUCGGGCCUCGGGAGCAGAGCACCUAUGUGUUUGUAAGAGAUGCUGCAGCCGAGAAGCAGGGAGCCCCAGGUUCCCCACUAAAUGUCCAGUGUCUAGAUGUGAACAGAGACUGCCUCCUCCUGACCUGGACCCCACCCAGCGACUCCAGGAGCAGCCCUAUCAGCAGCUACUCCAUUGAGUGGUGCCAAGGUGAGUCUGAGCAAUGGGUGCUCUGCCACGAGGCCCCAGGUGGAACCUGUCGGUGUCCCAUCCAAGGUCUCAUGGAAGGUCAGAGCUACCGGUUCCGGGUGAGAGCCAUCAACAAAGCAGGAAGAAGCCUCCCCUCCAAGGCCUCAGAGCCCAUUGUUAUGGGUGACCAUGUUGAAGCCCAUAAGAAGACAGAGAUUGCAUUUGAUCUGGGAAACAAGAUCACAAUCAGCACAGAUGACUUUGAAGAUUUUGUGGUCAUCCCCUCACCCCCAACCAAUGUCCAUGCUGUGGAGAUCCGAGAGGCCUACGCACUUCUGGGCUGGGAUGAGCCAAGCCCCCGGGGCAAGUCCCCACUGACCUACUCCUUAGAGAAGUCAGUCAUAGGCAGUGGCACCUGGGAGGCCAUCAAUUUGGAGACUCCUGUAAAAUCCCCAAGAUUCGCCCUUCUGGAUCUGGAGAAAGGGAAGUCAUAUGUCUUCAGAGUACGAGCGAUGAACCAGUAUGGCAUGAGUGAUCCCUCGGAGCCCAGCGAGCCCAUCGUCUUGAGGGGGAAGCCAGCUACCCUGCCUCCUCCAACUCAAGUUCAAGCUUUCCGAGACACCCAGACCUCAGUGUCCCUGAUCUGGAAUCCUGUGAAAGAAGGCCCAGAGCUCCUGGGGUAUUACAUCUACUCUCGGGAAGCAGGAUCAUCUGAGUGGCAAACAGUUAAUAACAAACCCAUCCACGGCAAUAAGUUCUCAAUUCCAGGGCUGAGGACUGGAAAGGAGUACGAGUUUUGUGUCAGAUCAGUCAGCGAGGCUGGCGUGGGGGAAAGCUCAGCUGCCACUGAACCCAUCAGAGUCAAGCAGGCUCUGGCUACACCAUCUGCCCCAUAUGAUUUCACCCUCCUGAACUGUGGGAAAAAUGACAUGGUCAUCGGAUGGAAACUCCCUAAGCGCUGUGGAGGAGGCAAGAUCCUAGGUUACUUCCUAGACCAACAUGACUCAGAGGAGCUGGACUGGCACCCAAUCAACCAGCAACUGGUCCCCACUCGAGUGUGCAAAGUCAGCAACCUCUGCCAAGGCCACUUCUAUGAGUUCCGAGCCCGAGCGGCAAACUGGGCAGGUGUCGGUGAGCUGUCAGCACCCAGCAACCUGUUUGAGUGCAAAGAGUGGACAAUGCCCCAACCAGGCCCCCCAUAUGAUGUUCGGGCAUCAGAGAUAUGUGCCACUUCCCUGAUGCUGCAUUGGGAGCCCCCAAUGUACACAGGGGCUGGACCAGUCACAGGCUACCACAUCAGUGUCCAGGAAGAAGGCUCUGAGCAAUGGAAGUCCAUUACCCCAGGCCCCAUCUCUGGCACUCACCUCAGGGUUUCUGACUUGCAGACGGGGAAGACUUAUCUGUUCCAGGUACAGGCUGUGAAUUCAGCAGGUGCAGGGAAACCAUCCAUGCCCACCGACCCCAUACUUCUGGAGGAUAAGCCAGAUGCUCAGGAGAUUGAAGUUGGAGUGGAUGAAGAGGGCUUCAUCUACCUGGCUUUUGAAGCUCCUGAAGCCCCUGAUUCCUUGGAGUUUCAGUGGUCAAAGGACUAUAAAGGCCCUCCAGACCCCCAGAGGGUCAGGAUUGAGGAGGGAGAAAACAAGUCCAAGGUCAUCCUGAAAGAGCCUGACCUGGAGGACUUGGGUGUCUAUUCAGUAGUGGUCACCGAUGCUGAUGAAGAUAUCUCAGCAAGCCACACACUGACUGAGGAAGAACUGAACAAACUGAAGAAAUUAAGCCAUGAGAUCAGAAACCCAGUGAUCAAACUGAUCUCCGGCUGGAACGUUGAGGUCCUGGAGCAAGGAGAGGUGCGGCUUUGGCUGGAAGUGGAAAAAUUAUCUCCAGCUGCUGAGCUGCAUCUAAUUUUCAACGAAAAGGAGAUCUUCAGCUCACCGGACCGCAGAAUCAAUUUUGACCGAGAGAAAGGCCUAGUAGAAGUGAUCAUUCAGGUCUUGACUGAGGAUGACAAAGGGUCGUACACAGCUCAACUCCAAGACGGAAAAGCCAAAAACCAGAUCACCCUGGCGCUGGUGGAUGACGAUUUUGACAGACUUCUGAGGAAGGCAGAUGCUAAGAGAAGAGACUGGAAGAGAAAGCAGGGUCCCUACUUUGAGGAGUUCUUGCGAUGGAAGAUCACAGAGGACUGCCAAGUGCUGCUGACAUGCAAGGUGACCAACACCAAGAAGGAAACCCUGUUUCAGUGGUUCUUCCAGAAGAACGAGCUGCCAGAUGGCCAGUACGACACCCAGACUGGAGCAGGGCUUUUCUGCAUUGAAGAAAUGUCCAAAGAAGACCAGGGAGUUUACCGAGCAGUGGUCUCUGAUGAUAGAGGGGAGGAUGACACUAUUCUCGACCUCACAGGUGAAGCCUUGGAUGCCAUCUUCACUGAGCUGGGCAGGAUUAGUGCCCUCUCUGCAACCCCACUGAAAAUCCAGGGAACCGAGGAGGGAAUACGGAUCUUCAGCAAAGUCAAGUACUUCAACGUGGAGUACAUGAAAACCACCUGGUUUCAUAAAGAGAAACGCCUGGAGACUGGUGAUCGGGUGAGGGCUGGCACCACCUUGAAUGAGAUCUGGCUCCACAUUCUGGACCCCAAAGAUUCGGACAAGGGCAAAUACAUCCUGGAGAUAGCUGCUGGGAACAAAGUCCAGCAGCUCUCUGCAGAUCUUUCAGGACAAGCUUUUGACGAUGCCAUGGCCGAGCACCAGAGACUGAAAGCUGCAGCCAUCAUCGAGAAGAAUCGUGCCAAAGUGGUGAGGGGCCUGCCAGAUGUGGCCACAAUCAUGGAAGAUAAGACCCUGUGCCUUACCUGUGUCAUCUCGGGAGACCCGGCCCCUGAAAUCUCUUGGCUGAAGAAUGACCAGCCCGUCACCUUCCUUGACCGAUACCACAUGGAGGUGAAAGGAACAGAGGUUACUAUCACCAUCGAGAAGGUCAAUGUGGAAGACAGUGGACGAUAUGGGGUCUUUGUCAAGAACAAGUAUGGCUCUGAGACAGGCCAGGUCACUAUCGGGGUGUUCAAGCAUGGGGAAGAACCCCAGGAAAUGAAGAAGAUGUGAAGGGUGAAUUCAGGCCCUGCCUGAAGUCUAGACUGCCUGGACUGGGAGGGUCAACUAGGGGUCACAGCCUAUCACAGAGGGGAAAGAACCUGUGGAAAUCAGAACACAGAGGUAAGGCUAGAGUGGACACACAAAAAUGGAGGAGCAGGGACCUUGGCUGGGGUGCUGAGAGGCCUCCAGGACAACAGGACCCAUGAAGUACUUGAAACUGGAAACUUCCCACAAGGCUGUUCAACUCUAAACUUGCUGUGAGCCUUUCUCAUCUGUCAAAUAGGAAUGCUUAUUCCUAGGAAUUGUUUAUGAAACCCCUUUAUAGCCAUAUACCAGUUUCUUUUUUUCUCUUUCUUUCUUUUUCUUCCUCUCUAUCUCUCAUACAGCCAGGGCCUUGAGCAUGUGCAGCUUCCCCACUCCCAGGCUACGUUUUCAUUAAGAGAGAAUUAGGGCUGAGAGACACCACAACAUCAGAGUUUCCUCCAAAGUCAUAGCACUCACAGGUGGAACUCAAGCCUGGGCUUUGCACAUGCAAGAAACCUUUGACAAUAUUCAAAUGCUUGGUUUCCACAGCAGCACAACUGGGGGUGCCUACUGGCAUUGACUAGGAAGAGGCCAGAGAUGCUGCUAAACACCACAGCUCCCCACCACACAUAAUGAUCAAUUCCCAAAUGUUAACAAUGCUGCAAUUGAUGAACUCUGCCACAAACUGACAAAGUACCAUGUCCUUCUCUUAGGAUAUUAUAUAUUUGAACCACUAAGUUUAGCAAACACUCAUUUAAAGUCUAGCAUACAGCAGGCUGAGGAUGGCACUGGGAACACAAUGGUAAAUAUUACCCAACCUCCCCAAAAUAUGUAGCCCCCUCAACUUUCAAGGAGGUCUCAGUCCAGUAGGAGAGAGACUAACCUGGAUGAAAAUUAUUCUAGGUGAUAAGGAUGGCAAAACACAUCCCAAGAAAGUGCCACAAGUGAUUAGAGAAGAGAGACAGAUGUUUGGUCUAGUUGAAGAGAGUAGGCUUUAAAACCCCUUUGCAAAUGAACUAGCAGAAUUGGUAUUGGCCUCUGAGAGGUGAAUUAGGCUUGGCAGUGGUCAUGGGAAGAAGGCAUUCAGGUGCAGGGCAUGGUAACAGCAAAGGAAAGAGGAUGGGCUGGUGCUGCCUGGGCAGCCUUGGGCCAGGCUGGAGAGUGGGGUGGAUCUUCAGGACCCCUUCUAACACAGGAGCCUCUGCUAGCAUGACAGAUAUUGCUUGAUCUUGUUUGAAGGAUCUCAGCAGAGUGGUGCUUUUCAUUGUGCUUCAGUUUGCUUUCUUUCAUCCUUUCUUUAUUCAAAUAAAAUUUAGAGCGACUGAUA